CACCAGCUUCAUCGCCUCACUCAAAGUCAUUGCAGAUCAACGAGAAGAAAGUUUGCAGCUGAAGUGAGCAAAAGCUCUGGGAAUGAAGUAAGAGUAGCGCAAAAAACUCCACCAGAAUGAAAACUUUGUGUUCGUUUUUGUUUGCGGUGACAACACUAUCGUGCUGGAAUUACAGCCAUGGUCGUCAGCAGAGAGGGUUGUUUCCGGCAGUGUUAAAUCUUGCCACCAUGGCUGAAAUCAGUACCAAUGCCACUUGCGGUCAGAAUGGACCUGAGAUGUAUUGCAAACUUGUCGAACAUGUUCCUGGACGGCCGUUUAGAAACCCACAGUGCAGAAUCUGUUCCAUGAAUAGUAAAAAUCCAAGGGAACGCCAUCCAAUAACAAAUGCAAUUGAUGGCACAAACCGCUGGUGGCAAAGUCCCAGUACACAAAAUGGAAUGAAAUACCAUCAUGUUACUGUCACCCUGGAUCUUAAACAGACGUUCCAGAUUGCAUACAUUAUAAUAAAAGCUGCUAAUUCUCCACGACCUGGGAAUUGGAUUUUGGAACGCUCAACUGAUGGGAUCACAUUCAAACCAUGGCAAUACUACGCGAUAACUGAUACAGAGUGUCUGACCCGCUACAACAUUCAGCCUCGGCGAGGCAACCCAACUUAUGUAAUGGAUGAUGAAAUUAUUUGUACCUCAUUCUACUCAAAAAUCCAACCCCUUGAAAACGGUGAGAUCCACGCAUCUCUCAUUAAUGGAAGGCCCAGUGCUGAUGAUCCAUCACCAACCCUUUUGGAAUUUACCACUGCUCGCUAUAUUCGUCUGACGUUUCAGAGAAUUAGAACGCUUAAUGCUGAUCUUAUGACUUUGGCAUAUCAUGAUGCAACAGAUAUUGACCCUAUUGUAGCUAGAAGGUAUUACUACUCUCUGAAAGAUAUUUCUGUUGGUGGGAUGUGCAUCUGCUAUGGACAUGCACGUGCUUGCCCUCGUGAUUUGGCAACAAAUAAAUUUAUUUGUGAAUGUGAACACAACACCUGUGGAGAAAAUUGUAAUCAUUGCUGCCCUGGAUUCCAUCAGAAAGCAUGGGAAGCUGGAAGGUAUUACAGUAGCAAGUCGUGUGAACAAUGUAAUUGUCAUGGAAAAGCUCACGAUUGCUAUUAUGACCAGAAUGUAGCGAACAGGAGACAUAGUUUGGACAUAAAGGGCGAAUACAAUGGUGGUGGUGUAUGCAUUAAUUGCACCAGCGAUACUAGUGGAAUAAAUUGUGAAUCCUGCAUUGAUGAAUUCUUCCGACAUGAAUGGGUUUCUCCUCAUGAACCAAAUCCAUGUAUUCCUUGCUCAUGCAGCUUAAUUGGAUCUGUGAAUAAUAAUUGCAUUAAGGACGUCAAACAGAUUGAAAAAGAUCUGCUUCCAGGGCACUGUCAUUGCAAGCCUGGUUAUGGAGGAGUUAAGUGUGACGGAUGUGCAUAUGGUUUUACUGGCUAUCCUAACUGCGUUCCAUGUGACUGUAGUGUUGAAGGAAGCUUGAAUACUGAUCCUUGUCUUGGGAAAUGCAUUUGUAAGGCAAACACCGAAGGAAAGAACUGUGGCCGGUGCAAAAGCGGAUUCUUCAAUUUGAAGUUGGAGACCUAUGAAGGCUGUGACCAAUGCUUCUGUUCAGGGGUAUCCAGUGUAUGCAAAGGCUCUACUUGGGCCUACGAUAAUAUGAAUUCCAUGUCUAAUUGGUACCUCAGUGAUUUACACGGAAUUUCAGGAUUUCAUCCCAGGCAGGACAUCCAGGGUGGUCAAGUGGAGUUGAGCUUAUACAGCCGUGGGGACAGCAACAUUUUACCAUCAGUGUUAUAUUGGAGUGCACCAAAUGAAUACCUGGGCCCAAAGCUGGCAGCAUAUGGAGGGAAAUUGAUUUUCACCAUCUCUGAGUACGCCACUGAACACCUGCCACGAAAGCUGAAGUCUCGGGUCUUCUUAGAGGGUAAUGGUAUCUACAUAACCAGUGAUAUUGAAGGAAUUCAAAUGGAUCCGUUGACUGCACAUACUGAAGUGAUAAGUCUACGACCUGAAAAUUUUGUCAUUCAUACAACUAGGUCACGUGUGAACAGAAAGGACUUCAUGACUGUUUUGGCAAAUGUUACCCGUCUUUUAAUUAGUGCCACCUAUAACAGCGAGCGUACUGCCAUCUAUAGGUUGAGCUCUGUUGUACUCCAGAUAGCUAAUCCAAAUUCAUUAGGCCAAUACACAGCUUCAAGUGUUGAGAUUUGUCAGUGUCCCCCAGAGUACCGUGGCACAUCUUGUGAAUCCUGUGCAUCUGGAUACAGAAAAAUAAAUGGCACCCUAUAUGGAGGAAUCUGUGUACCAUGUAUUUGCUAUGGUCAUUCUAACUACUGUGAUGACAUUACUGGAGAAUGUUUGAACUGUCAACAUGACACAACUGGCCUGUAUUGUGAUAAAUGUCGUCCUGGGUUUUAUGGAGGUGCUACUCGAGGAACACCUAAUGACUGUCAACUCUGCAGUUGUCCAUUACUCAUUCCUUCAAAUAACUUUAGCCCGACUUGUUACCUGGAUACCAGGGGAGAGGUAAUAUGUGAUCAAUGUCCUCCUGGUUAUACGGGGACACGAUGUGACAGAUGCUCUGAAGGGUACUUUGGACGCCCCACUAAACCAGGUGGCUCUUGUCAGCCUUGCCAGUGCAACAAUAAUCUUGAUCUAUCAAUACCUGGCGGCUGCAAUUCAUUAACAGGCGAAUGCCUACGAUGCAUUCAGGGAAUUACUGGUCGGUUUUGUGAUGAAUGUGCUGAUGGAUAUUUCGGAGAUGCUGUUAUAGCCAGGAAUUGCCAAGCCUGUAAAUGCCAUGCCAAUGGAUCAGUUGCUAACUUGUGCGACAAGCAGACUGGGCAAUGCGAGUGCAAAGACAAUGUUGCAGGAAGACAGUGUGAUCAUUGCUUGCCUAACUGCUGGUGGGAUCACAAAAACAAGAUCUGCAUGUCAUGUCAGUGCAGUCCCAUUGGUUCCAUGUCACUUCGAUGUGACAAAGAAGGAAACUGCAUCUGCAAACCUGGCUUCUUUGGGAAGCAGUGUGAUCUCAGUGGGCAGGCCCAUGAAGGGAAGUACCAGGAGGAUGUCCAGAUGGCAAGACCUGCAGUGGGCCAUCGACGAAGGUGGUGGACAACUGGCAUUGGUGGAUGUCCACGUGGUGCAUACAAACCCGCUUCACCCUCUGUCACUGGGAGUGAAGCUUAUUAUCUACAUACUUCAAGAGGCUGUGUUCCUUGUAGUUGCAAUUCUUUUGGCUCAAAAUCAUUUGACUGUAAUGAUAAAGGACAAUGCAAGUGUCAGCCUGGAGUGACAGGUCUGAAAUGUGACAGAUGCGCUGCUGGCUUUUAUAACUUUCAAGAAGGCGGAUGUACCCAAUGCCAAUGUGCCCAUGUCGGAAAUCACUGUGAUUCAGAAACUGGCCAGUGUAUCUGUCCUCCAAACACAGUGGGUGAAAAAUGUGACAAAUGUGCUGUGAAUUUCUGGGGUCACAGCUUUGUCAGUGGAUGCAAACCCUGCAAUUGUACUGCUUGGGGAUCUUUAAACCUUCAAUGCGAUGAUGUUACAGGCUGCUGCUUCUGCAGACCAGAGUUCAUAGGAGAAAAGUGUAACCAAUGCAGGGCAGGUCACUGGAAUUAUCCACGAUGUAUACAUUGUAACUGUAACCUGGCUGGGACCGAAAGUCAAACCUGUGAAGAGAUAGGAAUGUGCUCAUGUUCAGAGCAUAGUGGACAGUGUAGCUGUAAGAUGAAUGUGGAAGGGAAUAGUUGUGACAGAUGCAAGCCUGGUUCCUUUGCACUCUAUUCAAGCAAUCCUUAUGGAUGCAGUACUUGCUACUGCUCAGGUGUAACUUCGCAAUGUACUGAGGCAAAAGGACUGAUGCGUAAGAGACUGACUCUUAAACCAGACCAGAUUGUCCUGGAAAUAGUAAAUAAAUUAAAUGACCGAACAACAACAGAUGGUGUCUUUCAUCAGCAUCCAGAGAUAGUAGCUAAUGUUGCUACAGUGAUCCAGCAUCUUCUCUAUGAGCCUUUUUAUUGGAAACUUCCAGAGCAGUUUGAAGGAGAAAAGCUCUCUGCCUAUGGUGGCAAGUUGAGGUACGCCAUUUACUUUGAAGCCAGAGAAGAAGUGGGUCAAUCAAGCUACGAGCCACAAAUUAUCCUGAGAGGUGGUCCUACCAAAGAGAUUAUAAUUAUGCGGCAUUUAUCUGCACCUCAAAUUGGUCAAUUGACCAGACACGAGGUGGAGCUCACUGAGCAUGAAUGGAAAUAUGCCCGUUCACCAGAUGGCAGACCUGUGUCUCGCAAAGACUUCAUGGAUGUGCUAUUUGAUAUUGAUUCUAUCCUCAUCAAGGCCUCUUAUGGGACUUUUAUGAGACAAACCAGAAUCUCUGAGAUCUCUAUGGAAGGAGCAGAAGCCAGUGGCAGCUACAGCAUGACUGAAAGUGCCCAACAGAUUGAACAAUGCAUGUGUCCUGACGGUUAUUCUGGUCUCUCAUGCCAGGAUUGUGUUCAGGGUUAUUACAGGUUACCACUAAGAUCAGCAAUCACAGGUCCAAGACCUGUAGUGUGGAGCUGUGUACAUUGUCAGUGCAAUAGCCACAGUGACAUCUGUGAUCAGAAGACUUCCAUUUGCCAGAAUUGCCGUGACAACACAGCUGGUGAGCAUUGUGAAGUGUGUGCUCCUGGAUACUAUGGCAUUGUAAGAGGGUCUCCAAAUGACUGCCAGCCAUGUGCCUGUCCUCUUCAAAUUUCUAGUAACAAGACCCAUGUUGAUAUUUCUGAUGUUAUAAGGGAAAGGUCAUUUCUGCAUUAUGAUGGAAUAACUUUAGUUGAACCCGCCGAAGAAAAAUAUGAACAUUAUCACUGUGACAGGUGUGCACCUGGUUACUAUGGUAAUCCACGAAUUGAAGGAAGAGGUUGCAUACAAUCUUGUGAUGAUAAAUGCACCGGACUUCUGUUGAGUGACCUUGAACAUUUUGACCAAAUUAUCACAAGGCUGAAUCUUUCUGGACCCUUUCCCCCUCCUUAUAAGGUGCUUUUUGGAUACGAAAAUGCAUCUCAAGAAUUGAGGUACCUAAUGUCACCACAGAGAGCUCCAGAAAGACUUCUACAGCUGGCAGAUAGUAACCUGGAUACUUUGAUCACAGAGAUGGAUGAAUUACUGAACAGGAUAUCAAAAGUUUCUGCAGAUGGUGAGCAAACAGAUAAAGACACUGAAAAGACACUCAAACGAGCAAUGGAGUUGGAAAAAUCCAUCAAAUAUGUUAUGCUGGCCUCUCAAGAUUUAAAAGACCAAUCUAAAAAGUUAAAUGAAACCAUUAGAAUCAAAGAUGGCGUUUCGGGGAAAAACAUACAACACAUGCAGAAGGAUGUAGAAAAUAUGAUGGCAAAGAUGCGAGAGCGAUCAUUUGAUAAGCAUGAAGAAGUGGCUGAUGAUGAACUUGAUGCUGCCAUUACACUUUUAGAGAAAGUGAAAAAGAUGUUUGGUGAUCCCCAUAAAACUACUCAAGAUCUUAAGGAUGAUGUUAUGGGCAAAGUUGCUGAUUACAAAGAAAAAUUUGAUGAAGCUCAGGAAUUGUUGAAAGAAGCACGAGAAAAAAUUGAAGAAACUGACCACUUGUAUGCUGUUAAUCAAAGAAAUAUGACUGCACUGGAGAAAAGGAAGCAGGCAGUUGAAGAUGGAAAAAAGGACACUGAUGACAUACUGAAGGAUGGACAAGACCUUGUAGCUGAAGCCAAUACACAUUUGGAAGCUCUCACAUUGGGAUUGGAUGAACUAAAAAAGCAAGAACAUCUGGAGCCAUUAACUACAGAGCUAAAAGACAAACUGGAUGAAUUGGCAGCAGGUAUUCAUGAUGAGAAGCUUCCAGAACUGGUCCUCCAGGCAGAAUAUCAUGCUGCAGAAUUAAAUGACUCGUCUGGAAUCCUGGAUGGCAUCCUUGCAGAAGCCAAGAACUUGUCCUUGAAUGCAACUGCUGCCUUCAGAGCUUACACUAAUAUCAAAGAAAAAAUUGAUGAAGCUGAAAAAAUGGCAAAAGAAGCCAAGAAUAUAGCUAAUCAAGCUGUGAGACAGGCAUCUGGUCCAGAUGGAUCUUUAAAGGAUACUGCCAAGAACUCACUACAGAUGAGCUUUAAACAGUUGAAUGAAGCCAAACGAUUGGGGGCAGAUGUAAAGGAAAAGGAAGAUGACUUGAAUAAUUUACAAAAUAGGUUGAAGAAUGGUACAACAAAAAAUAAUAACUUGCUGAAAGCCUUGAACGAUACUCUUGCAAAACUCCAAGCCAUUCCUAACGAUGCAAGCAUCAAGAUACUAGCGGCUAAAGAUAAAGCAAAACAGGCAAAUGAUACUGCCAACGCAGUGCUGGGAGAAAUAAAAGACUUGAACCAGAAUUUACUUGGAUUGCAGGACAACUGCAGCAAAUUGAAAGAAGAUGUUGCCAAAGCAAAUGCUGCCAUUAACACUCCUGCUAAAACGAUUGAUGACGCUGAUAUGAAAGUUAAAGAGUUGGAAGAGAAAACAAAUAGUUUACUGGAUAAACUGAAACCUAUCAAAAAUCUACAGGACACUCUAGGAAAGAAUAUCUCUCACAUCAAAGAGCUAAUAAAUCAAGCUCGAAAGCAUGCCAACUCUAUUAAAGUUUCGGUAUCAUCCGGUGGGGACUGUAUCCGCACUUAUAGGCCAGACAUAAAAAAGGGUACCUUCAAUUCAAUUGUUCUGAAUGUGAAGACUUCGGAGCUCGAGAAUCUGCUAUUUUACCUUGGAAGUGCCAAAUAUACUGAUUUCUUAGCGAUUGAGAUGCGUAAAGGUAAAGUCAACUUCCUAUGGGAUGUGGGAUCUGGUAUCGGACGUGUUGAAUAUCCUGAUUUGAUCAUUAAUGACCAGUACUGGUAUAGAAUUGAAGCCUCAAGGUUUAGAAGAAAUGGUACCAUUUCUGUACGUGCUCUGGAUGGCCCAAGAGCAAGCAUCAUGCCAACUAUAUACAGCGCAGUGUCACCUGAAGGCUAUACAAUACUUGACGUGGAUUCAAAUGCUUAUCUCUUUGUCGGUGGUUUGACUGGUGAUGUAAAGAAAUCAGAUGUAGUCAAAACAACUACAUUCACUGGUUGUAUGGGAGAAACUUCGUUGGAUCGUAAACCUAUUGGAUUGUGGAAUUACAGGGAUAGGCAGGGAGAAUGCAAAGGCUGUGUUGUGAGCCCACAAUCCACUGAUACUGAAGAAACAGUGCAGUUUGAUGCGGAAGGUUACGCAGGUGUUAGUCGACCAACUCGCUGGAAUCCGAAUGUGUCAGCAAUUGCUUUCAAAUUUAGGACCUUUUCUUCAGAUGCACUUCUUAUGUAUCUUGCCACAGAGGACUUGAAAGAUUUCAUGAGCAUUGAAUUAGCUGAUGGGCGAAUAAAGGUCAGCUAUGAUCUAGGCUCAGGUACAGUUAAUGUCACCAGUAAAGCCCGUCACAAUGAUGGAAGAUGGAAGUCAUUCACAUUAUCAAGAAUUCUGAAACAAGCAAAUAUUUCCAUACAUGAUGCAGUAAGCAACACAGAAGAAAGUCUGCACAUGAGUUCUCCAGGAACCAACCACGGUCUCAAUCUGAAAAAUAACGGGAAGAUAUAUUUUGGUGGCUUGCCUAUAUUACAUAAUUUAAGGCCAGAAGUCAGUUUGAAGAAAUAUGGUGGCUGUCUCAGAGAUAUAGAAAUUUCACAGUCACCAUACAAUUUAUUGAGUGGCACAGAUUACCUGGGAUUGACCAAAGGUUGCACAUUGGAGAAUGUAUACACUGUUAGCUUCCAUAAACCUGGAUUUGUCGAGCUUCAACCACACUCAUUGAAUAUAGGCACAGAAAUAUCUUUUUCUUUCAGUACUAAAAAUGAGACUGGAAUGAUACUUUUUGGAAGUGGAAGGAAUUCAGCUCAGCUUGGGAGAAAACGACGCCAAACAGGACAGGUCUACUAUGCAGUUUUCCUAAACAGAGGGCGCUUGGAAGUGCAUCUUGCCACUGGGACUCGAGAACCUCGGCGUGUUACAGUCAAAACAGAAUCUGAACUGUUCAGUGAUGGAAAGGAACAUAGUGUUCGACUGCAUAGAUUGAAGGGAUCCCUCACUGUACAGGUGAAUGAAGAAAGAGCUCAAAAACUACGACUAUCCAGUGAUCAACCUCUCAGCAUUAAAAGACUAUUUGUUGGAGGAGCUCCUACCUCAUUUCUACCUAGCUCAUUAAGAAAUAUCAUCCAUUUUGAAGGUUGCAUAUGGAACUUAGUAGUUAAUUCAGUACCCCUGGAUUUCGCUCAACCGGUAUCUUUCGAGCAUGCAGACAUUGGCAGGUGCCCAAUUCUAAAACCUUCAAAACUACAUCCUAAAGAAGAUGAGACCGAAACGGUAACCAAAAUCCCAGCUGAAAUUGCUCCAAAACCUGUCCUAGAAAUGAGGACUCCUACACCUGAUCCUACAUCAUGUGCUGCUGACCUUCCUCCUGUUAUGCUGGAAAAAGCCAAGUACUUUGGCCUAUCCAAAAACAGUCAUGUUGCCAUGGAAUUUGAUGAUACCAAAGUCAAAUCUAGCCUCAUAAUUGAGUUUGAAAUACGAACAGUAGCAGAAUCUGGUCUUGUAUUUUAUAUGGCCAGAAUUAACCAUGCAGAUUUUGCAACCAUUCAAAUAAAAGAAGGAAAGGCUCAUUUCAGCUAUGACCUUGGAAGUGGAAACAUGAGCACAGUUCUUCAAAAGAAGAUAAAUGAUGGGGAAUGGCAUAAGAUCAGUAUUGAACGGAAUAAUAAGAGAGUAACAGUUACGUCUGGCAUUACUGUAGCAACUGCAGUCAGCCCCAAAAGUGCAACAAUACUGGAUGUUGUGGGACUGAUUUAUAUCGGAGGAUUGCCUAAGAACUACAUAACAAGAAGAAUUGGCCGUGUGGUUUACAGUAUAAAUGCUUGCAUUCGUAACUUUAGAUUGAAUGACAAAACCUUUGACCUGGAUAAUCCAGCUUCCAGCCUGGAUGUUGGCACCUGUUUUCUCAACAGUCAGCAAGGAACUUAUUUUGAUGGAACAGGAUUUGCCAAGACAGUUCAGCGUUAUAGAGUUGGAACAGAUUUACAAAUUGAGUUUGAUUUCCGCACAACUCAAAGAAACGCUGUCCUGUUGGGAAUCAGCAGUCAGAGAGUAGACGGACUUGGAAUUGAACUAAUCAAUGGAAAGAUAUUUGUUCGCAAUGAUAAUGGAGCUGGACUAUUUACAGCCGUCUAUGAGCCUUUGCAGUUCAAUGAGUUGUGUCGUGGACAGUGGCACAAGGUGGUAGUCAACAAAAUUAAACAUGUUUUGGAACUGACAGUGGAUGGAAAUAAAGUAGAAAGCAGAAGUGCAAGUGUAACCUCCACUGCAACUGACACCAAUGAUCCAGUCUUUAUUGGAGGAUAUCCAGGUGACAUGACACAGAUAGCACUGACCAUUAAUACUCCUUUCAAAGGCUGCAUUCGUAACCUGAAACUAAUGAAGCCAACUCAGACAAUUGAAGUGGACUUCAGCAAAUCGGAGGAGCUCAAGGGUGUCCAACCGCUCACAUGCCCUGCAUAAUGGAAUUACCCAGGCUAUUUUAAACAAAGAUUAAAUGUUACAGUUCAGAAUAAGCCUGUACACAGCAAAAAUAAUUUUGGAGACUCAAAUUAAAGAAUAUCUUCAUGUUCUGUUGCUGUUAUUCUUUAUUUUCUCCUUGCUAAACAUUACCGGAUAGAACAGUACAGAAAACAGCAAUUUCACCUGCCUGUUGUAUGAUACCCCUGAUACUUAAUUGCAUUGCUGCAAGUGAAACACCAGGCACAGCAUUUAAUAAUUCUGAGUUUUCAUUUCAGUAAAAUUAAAAAUAAGUACAUUUUAUCCUGUAGAUGCCCUUUGCCUAUUCAUUAUUUGCAUUAUGUAGUCUCCUAUUAAUUUUGCUGCUUGUCUGUGUGCAAGAAUGUAACCUGCAGUGUGGAAUAUGAUAUAACUAUUUCAGUAAACAUUGUUAAAGC